AGCAGUAGCAGUCACUCACUCACUCUAGUCAGCUCGCGAACAGCAAAGAUUAUCUCACAGUCGCUUGGUGUAUUGACAUCCACCGUUGUGAUAACAAAAAACAACUAUACAGAAUGGGCACAAAUAGCUCUUCUCGAAUCACAGGCGGUUGGAGAUAAGAGGGUUGAAACGCGAAUAAGAUAAACAGAGGGAUUCGGGUAUAAAACGGACGAAGAGCGAGAGAGCGCGAGAGAGGCUCAGUUACUCACGCGACACGCGCGCGACGCUGGAGUGGAAUCGGGGCUGACACCGCCGAUGACGGAAACACCGCCGUAGCUAACCUUUCAUGUGGAUUACUUGCGGAAAUUUCUUCAUUUGUCACUCCUCAGAAACUACAAAGACGUCCGGUAGCGGCAGACCUUCACCUUCCGUGUAGAGGUUGUUGACUGCCAGGACUCAACGCCCCAUGAUGCACAGUAUCUGUUCCAGGUCCACACCCACUUAUUGUGUGUAGAGGAAGUUGCAUUGUCAGCAUGUCCUCGCACCCUCAGCCAGUGCCUCAGGGUCGGAGGGCUUUGGACCCCCGUCAUCUUUCCAGUCCUGCCACCCUUCCUCUGCAGCUGAGAACCCACACGGAUGUUGGUGGACUAGUGGACUACCACUCUCAGAUUGGGACUCGAGACUACAGUUCCCAUCUGCCCCAUGGACACCUGUCCCAGCCCCAUCGCCGCAGACCAUCCCUUCUGUCUGAAUUUCAGCCAGGCAGCGAAAGAGGUCAAGAGCCCCAUAUCCGGUAUGAACACAUUUACAUGCAAGACCCCAACGGCCAGCCAGAGGUAGAGUACUCUGAGAUGAAGCGUCCUCGCUUGGAAAUUGGGGCAGAGUCUCUUCUUCGCCAUCCGACCCACCGCCAGCCUCUCACUUUGGGCGGAGCUGAAGAUAUUGUUAAGGAGCACAUUGGCAGCAGCAGUUCUAUUGGGAAGAUUGAGCCCAUCUCUCCAGUGAGCCCGGUUACAAUGGAGCCCAAUCUGGACCUGGUUCCCACCCGCUUCUCUAAAGAGGAGCUGAUCCAGAACAUGGACCGUGUGGACCGGGAGAUCACCAUGGUGGAACAGCAAAUCUGCAAACUGCGUAAAAAACAGCAACAGCUGGAAGAAGAGGCUGCGAAACCCCAGGAGCCAGAGCGCACCAUUUCCCCUCCUCCCAGUGAAGUUAAACACCGCAGCCUUGUCCAGAUUAUCUAUGAUGAAAACAGGAAAAAAGCAGAGGAAGCACACCGGAUCCUGGAGGGACUGGGACCCAGAGUAGAGCUGCCUUUGUACAACCAGCCAUCUGAUACCAAGCAGUACCAUGAGAACAUCAAGAUAAAUCAAGCAAUGAGGAAGAAGCUAAUUUUGUAUUUCAAAAGAAGAAACCAUGCUCGGAAACAGUGGGAACAGAAAUUCUGCCAGCGAUAUGACCAGCUAAUGGAGGCCUGGGAGAAGAAAAUCGAGCGAAUUGAGAAUAACCCACGUCGCAGAGCCAAAGAGAGCAAAGUGCGAGAGUACUAUGAAAAGCAGUUUCCCGAGAUCCGUAAACAGAGAGAGAUGCAAGAGCGCAUGCAGAAUAGAGUGGCUCAACGAGGAGGGGGUCUGGCCUCAGCAGCCCGCAGUGAGCAUGAGGUUUCUGAGAUUAUCGACGGUAUCUCGGAGCAAGAGAACUCUGAGAAGCAGAUGCGCCAGUUAGCUGUGAUUCCUCCCAUGCUGUUUGAUGCAGAGCAGCAGAGGAUAAAGUUCAUCAACAUGAACGGGCUUAUGGAUGACCCCAUGAAGGUCUACAAAGAAAGACAGGUCAUGAACAUGUGGAGCGAACAGGAGAAAGACACUUUCCGUGAAAAGUUUAUCCAGCACCCCAAAAACUUUGGCCUGAUAGCAUCCUUUCUGGAGAGAAAGACGGUAGCGGAGUGUGUCCUGUUUUACUACCUGACUAAGAAGAAUGAGAACUAUAAGAACAUUGUCAGAAGAAACUACCGUCGCAGAGGCAGAAGUCAGAAAGUCAUACACACCUGGGCUAUCAUGAGGAAUAACCAGCAGGCUCAGCAACAGGUGAACCGCAACAACCAGGAGGAGAAAGAAGACAAGGAAAAAGAGAAAGAGGGAGAGCGCGAAGAGGACAAAACAGAAGGAGACGACAAAGAGGACGGCAUGAAAGAUGACACCUCUGGCGAGGACGGGGAGGAAAAAGAGCCUCCUGUAACUGUUAAAGGACGACGCACCGCCAACAGCCGAGGACACCGGAAAGGACGAGUCACUCGCUCUAUGACCAAUGAGCAGGAAGAGAACACUUCACCUCUCAGCAGUGAACUUGCAAACCUGGAGAUGAAUGAAAGCUCUCGCUGGACUGAGGAAGAGAUGGAGACGGCAAAGAAAGGUCUGCUGCAGUAUGGCCGAAACUGGUCCUCGAUCGCCAAAAUGGUGGGCUCCAAAACUGUCUCCCAGUGCAAGAACUUCUACUUCAACUACAAGAAGAGACAGAAACUGGAUGAGAUCCUGCAACAGCAUAAAAUAAAAUCGGAGAAAGAGCGUAAAGCCAGGCGUAAAGGUAAAGCUCUUCAAAACGAGGAGGCCAGCGCUCCUUCUGCCGCAGAGGAGGAGGAGAUGGAGGGAUCAGGAGUCAGCGGCAAUGAAGAGGAGACGCAGGAGGAUGGAGAGGGUGGAGCCAAUAACAGCUCUGACACUGAGAGCCUUCCUUCCCCGCGCUCCUCCGAUGACAGCAAGGUCAAAGAAGAAGGCUCAGCACGGCCCAAAGCUGCAACCAAUUUCACUUCCUCCUCAUCCUCCACAGACAAGGAUGCUGCAGCCACCGAUAUGGGGCCAGAGGAGAAGCCAAUGGGGGAAAGAGGAGAGGGGGAGCAGGGAGGAGUGAAGCUGGAGGUGAAGACUGAACCAGGGGAGGAUAACAAGGAGGUGGAAGGAGAGGAUAAGAAGCCUCCUGGCCUGGAGGUGGAAGAGGGCAAGAAAGAGGCCAAGAAGAAAGAGCAUGGUGGAAAGAGCGGAACUCACGACAGUGACUCCAGUGCCACGUGCAGUGCAGACGAGGUGGAGGAGACGGAGAGCUCUGAGAAGAACAGGCCGAGUCUUUUGAAUUUUUCCCAUGAUGGAGUGAUCUCUUCUCCAGUUCAGAAACCUCUGGACCUCAAAAACCUCAAAAAGAGAGCAGCCUCCAUACCUCCCAUAAUGCCGGAAGUUUCGGUAGCGGGUGGUGGUAACCAGGGUGUUUUGCUUGGAAAGCAGCAGGCCAUGUCCCACGCCCUUGCAUUGUACCAGCAACAGAUUACCAUGGCGCAUGAAUCCUCCCAGGAGGCCAAACAGCAGCAGCCACAGCAAACCAAAUCUCAGCAUUAUCCAGGUGGCAGGGACUCCAGCAGCCCACGUAUCGGGACCCGCAGUCCCGGUGUCUCCGACAGAGAGAGAGAGGAGCUGGAGGGGAACGAGAGAUGGCUUCAGGCUCUGCUUCAUGGAUUACAUAAAUCCCGGCCGUACUCUCCUUUUGCGGAUGGUAAAAAGAUUCCUGAUGAUGUUCGGGCUGUAGGUCUCGGGCGGCCAGUGAUGUCACCAUACCAGCUCUCUCCCAGGGAAAUUGCCAAAAUCAGCCACGAACAGCUGCUACACUUUAACCCCUCAUUGACUCCCACUCUGCAGUCACAGGAGAGAAUGGCUGCAGUGCGACCUCUCCAUAUCCCAGAACCACCACCUCUAAUCUCCUCUGCCAAACCUUGUGGCUCCAUCACACAGGGUACUCCGGUACAAUUGCACAACCCAUCUCAUGGCUCUGAGCACGGUAAAAUCCCAGUUCCGGGCUCCCUGGCUCUGUCCUGGAUGGACCAGAGGAAAAUGGCUGGGUUUCCGAUGGUUAAACAAGAGCAGUUGUCUCCUCACGGGGCCUCUUCCUCCCAGGCUGAGAAUCUCUCCACACAGGACAGUGCUACGUCACGGGGGCCCAUGCCAGCUGUUCAGGGUGGCAGCAUUACAAAGGGCAUCCCUGGCACACGCAUGCAUCAAGAACCUCCUGUGUCAUAUCGAGGAGGUUCCAUCACUCAGGGCACUCCUGCAGAUGUUUUGUAUAAGGGCACAAUAACUCGUCUGAUCACAGAGGACAGCCCCAGUAGAGAGAGAGGCAGAGAAGACACCCCUUCUAAAGGGCAUGUAGUCUAUGAGGGCAUCAGUGGACACAUCCUUUCCUUUGACCGAGGUCAUAAUUCUAAGGAAGACUGUCGUGGGGACCUGGUUGGGCUGAAGAGGUCUUACGAUAUGAUGGAGGGGGGGGUGUCUCGUGUGCCUCCCAUUAGAGACUCAAUAACUGCUGAAGGCUUGAUGAGUCGAGCAAUGCCUCAUGAACGGGAUAGUCCUCAUCCCCACAACAUGCGUGGAUCCAUAUCGCAAGGUAUCCCACGGGAUGAUUAUUUGCGUCGGGAGGGCAAACAGAUGAAAAGAGAAGGAUCCCCAUCACCCCGUGGGCUUAGCAUGCCCACUGAUCCUCUUAAAUCACGCUCUCAUGAGGGCAUGGUGCCAACCGUCAAAGAGGGAGGACGUUCCAUACACCUGAUCCCUCCUGAGGGAGUCGUGAUAGGCAAGCCGAAAGAGGGCUCCAUCACUCAGGGCACACCUCUGAAACAGGAGCCCACUGGCUCAUCCAAGCGCCAUGAUGUGCGCUCCAUCAUAGCCAGCUCCCCUCGGCCUUACUCUGGACUGGCCCCUCAUAUAGAGCUCAGGCCUGAGCACAGAGGGUCUGAAAGGGCCCAUUACGAGGAUGGGGGGAGCAAAUCCCGACCCAGUGCCGUGGUCAGCACCCCCAGUUCUAUGUCCCGUGCCUCUCCGCUUUCGCUAGGGGGAGAGCAGAGCAGCAGAGCCCACCACAGUCCUGUGAGCUACGAGGACCACAAAAGAUCCGGCUACCCUCCACCCUCACAUAGAGCCUCUCUGAUGUCCAGUAGAGAAACCUCCCUGCGACCACAUGAAGGCUCUAGUAAGCCCCAGCAGCAGGAGAGAAAAGCCACUCCCUCCCCUCGAGAGGUUAGCUCUACCAAGUCUCCACUCACAGUGGGUGAGCACACAGCCUCUUUGGCCUACGAGAGGAUCCUGCAGGGGCUGGGAACAGAAAUGUACCGUGGGCAGAUCUCUCUGCCAUUUGACCCGGCAACUCUGCCCAGGGGCAUCCCUAUAGACCCAGCAUAUUACCUGCCCCGCCACCUGGCCCCGGCACCUGGCUACCCUCACCCCUACCCUCCCUACCUGAUCAGAGGUUUUGCUGAAACAGCAGCUAUAGACAACAGACGCACGCUCAUGACAGAUUACAUCACGUCCCAGCAGAUGCACCAGUGGCCUGCUGCCAUGGCUGCCCAGAGACCUGACCUGCUCAGAGGACUCACACCUCAAGAACAGUCUAUUAACUUAGCCUACUCACCCACACCCAGAGGAACGUCUCCCAUGGAUCGCAUCACGUACAUCUCAGGAACCUCUACAGCCUUCCCCUGCGGACCCUACAACACUUCUCCGAUCUCACCAGUGGGAGCAUCUCACAUGAGCAAGAUCCAAGGCAGUUCGGCGUCCUCAGAGAGGGAAAGAGAACGAGAGAGGGAGAGAGACAGAGAGCGGGAUCGUGAGAGAGAUAGAGAGCGAGAAAGAGAGCGUGAGAGGGACAGGGAGCGAGACAGAGAGCGAGAUAAAGAUCGGGACAGAGAACGGGACAAGUCCCUUUGUCACGGUAACGUGGAGCACGCCCCUAUAUGGAGACCUGGAGCACCAGAACAGACAGGCAGCAGCUCUCGUCCCCCGUCCCAUCCAUACAGUCACCAGUCAUCCCCGCUUUCCCCCCGGCCCCAGGACAGCCUGCAGCAGAGACCCAGCGUCCUGCACAACACCAGUUCAAAGAGCCUGCCCAACUCGGAGCACAACAGCCCCUCUGUGCUGCGGCCACCAGGCUCCGCUCGUUACCAGAGCUUCAGCGGGCACCUGCAGAGGUCUGGUUUACUCAGCGAGGGUUAUCCAGUUGGUACGGAUCCAAAUACGAAAGACUCGAGCAGAGAUGGUGGCAAAAGCCAUGGGCGUGGUGGUCUCUCAAAACAUCAGGACAUCUCUUCCAAGUCUGACCCCAGGCUGACCAGCCCUGGUGCAGGUGGGGCAUACCCCUCUCUCUACAACCAGUCUCCUGGUGGCCACCUUGGGCUGCCCCCAAGUCGAGGGCACUCCUUGCUGGCCCCUGAAAGCAGCAGCGGCAGUUCCAUCCCGUCCCGCGGUGGGGAGAGCAUCAGCAGCGCGUCAAGUAGGGAAAAGACUCAAAACAAAGUGAUGUCCAUACAGGAACACGAGCUUCGAGCACUCGCUCAACAGAAAGCACUUGAACAGCAUCUGUAUGGGUCUGAGGACAGACUCUCUCCAGGUCAGCAGCCACAGUCCCCUGCAGUGAAAGGCUCUCAGAGAGUGGUCACGCUUGCCCAGCACAUCAGUGAGGUGAUCACUAAAGACUACACAAGACAGUCACAGCAAGGGCAAAUUGGGGGCCAAUCAGCGCUGCAGCCUGUCUUUGGGUACCACAGCUCUCCUGUACUGGAUCUCACGCGUCCACCCAGUGCACCCCAGGCGCAGACCCCCACAGAACCCAAUCCUAAUGCACGCUACACCCCCGAGGGCUCUGCUGCUGAGAGGGAGAGAGUUAGAGACAGGUCUCCUCCUCAGAGGAAGGCAUCUCCAGUGAGUCUGGCUGCAGAUGGUAUUGAACCAGUUUCACCACCAGGGGCCGUUUCAGAGCCUGAGACACCAGGGGCCACCUACCCCAAUGAACAAGCUGAGCAGGGAAUGGGAUCUCGUUCUCCAGCCAGCAGCUCUCAGCCACCAGCCUUCUUCAGUAAACUGACAGAGAGCAACUCUGCCAUUGUUAAGAGCAAAAAGGAAAUGAUUAAGAAGAUGGUGGUCGGUACCGAGGCUGAAUUCAAUCAGGGCCAACCUGGGACAGAAAUCUUCAACAUGCCUGCCUCUACGAAUGCAGGACCUGUGAGUGUGCGCAGUCACCCGGCUCCAGAGUCAAGCGGUAAUACUAUAGGUCUGGAGGCCAUCAUUAGAAAAGCCCUUAUGGGCAAAUAUGACGACCAGAUGGACGAUCGUUCGCCUUCCAACCCUGUUAACUCGAUGAGUGUGCCAGCUGCUGCAGUGCCGCCGGCUGCAGCUGAUGGGCGUUCUGAAGACCCCUACUCCCUUCCAGGAAAAUCCAAAGGAAGUGGGCGCUCUAAUGGUCGCAAGACUAAGUCUCCUGGUCUCUGUGGGGGUGAGAGACCUUCUUCUGUGUCCUCCGUCCACUCUGAGGGAGACAGCAACCGUCACACCCCACUCACCAACAGAGUGUGGGAGGACAGACCCUCAUCUACAGGCCCCACGCCAUUCCCAUGUAAUCCUCUGACCAUGCAGAUGCGUCUCCCCAGUGGGAUGAUGUCAGGACCCUCUCCCUCCCCAACGCAAACGGGAGUGUCAGCGGUCCCACAGGGCCAGACUCAACCCCGUACCUGGGAAGAAGAACCCAAACCUCUGCUCUGCUCUCAAUAUGAGACUUUGUCUGACAGCGAGUGAACACUCUCUCACACACCUUAUAUGUACACUAAGCGACUGAACGAUUGCUGCUUUAUGAACAGAAACUUAAUGUAAACAGGGAUGCUUGUGAACAUACACAGAUGUACUCAUAUCCAUAUUGACACCCAAAGUCAAGGAUACACACACUUACAGGUACAGAUGCCUAUCUAUGCUCAAACUGACCGUUUUUAUGGAAGAAAAUGAUCAGAUACAUGCACAUGUCCUCUGUGAUAUCUCUACACACACGUUAAUACAUGCACAAACAGACACAACCAUCACACUCCUGUAAUCCACCCCUAGCACACAUGCACUUAGACAAAGUGCAUUACUUUGGCUCCAUACAGGUGUGUUGAUGUGUCUGUGUUUGUGUUUGUGAAUGUGCACACUUGUAUUAACGUGUGCCAUCCCUCCAGGACUUGUAGGAAAUAUCACUUUUUAGUCUUUUUUUUUUCUAUACACAUAUACUUACAUUUGUGUUGUCUUGCUGGCCUUAUCAACGUUGACUCAUCGGUUGUGUUGAUGCAUCUUUGGAGCAUUCCUCAUUAGACUGCUCAGGACACACACACACUCCUGUACUGUAGUAUAACUGCAAAUUGUUUAUGUUGUGUGUGUUUGUGGGCGUGUGUGUAUCUUAAUGCAAAGGCUGGAUAAAUCCUCUUCAGAAAUAUAAGAACCACACAUGUAUAUCUUAGUUCCCUCUUAGUUCUCAUGUGCACAAGAAGGUUAUAUGAAGCUACAGCCCUAUAUUUCUGUUCUUAAAGGGAUAGUUUUCUGCCAUAAUUUGCUCACUCUCGUGUUGUUCAUAACCCAUUUCCUCCAUGGAACACAAAAGAAAUGCUAGACAGAAAGUUAGCCUCAGUCACCAUUCACUUUCACUGCUUCUUUUUUUCCAUACAAUGAAAGUGAAUGGUGACUGACAUUCUGCCUAGCAUCUCUUUUUGUGUACUACGGAAGAAAGAAAGACAUACAUGUUUAGAAAAACAUGAGAGUGAGUAAUUGACAGUUUCAUUUUUGGCCGAUCUAUCCCUUUAGUUUUGCAGUCUGGGAGGGUUGUUGCAUUUUCAAAUGACAAUGAGUCCGUGUAUGUGAAGAAAUGUGGCAAUUAAUAGAAAUGGUUUUAGCGAGACAGGUUAGCCGAGAUCUGCGCUAAACUGCGAAGGUUUUUAAGCAGUGGUUUAGUUUAAUUUCAUCUUAUCCUGUAAACGUCUGUUCUUAUAUUGCCAUUGCAGAGAGUUUACAUGGUAGGCCAUACCAUUGGUUCACAGGGUACACAUACUGUUUAUAUUUGUUAUCAUAACUUCAAUUUUUUUUUUAAAUAUUUUUUUUUGGAAGAGCCUGUUGAGACUCGAACAUGACUCUAGCUGACCAAUCCUUCAGUAUCUUUCAUUAUCUCUGUGUGAUAGUUGAUGGGAGACCUUUUUUUGAGCUCAUCACUAUUUUUAAUUGUUUUUGUAUUUACAUGAACCAUGUUUGCAUGUGUUAUUUUGAUAUUUUUGUUGUCAUUUUUAUAUGUAAUGAGUUAAGCACUUAGUCAGCCAAUGGUUCAUGUUUGUGUCUUUUAAAGGACACUGACUUGAAUGCAACUUUUUACACAGCAUUUAUUUUCAUUUUCUUAUACAGUAUUUUGUUGAUUUGUUUGUGUUUGGUCACCUACCUUGCAAAGUGUUCCACUCUCUUGUGUCAAUCACAAGUUGAGAGUUGAGCGAGUGGAUGUGUCUUUAGAGGGAAGCUGCUUUAUCAGGUUUUGUCCUCUCAACCCUCUCUGAAUGUCCCAACAUACCUGAAGUUUGAUAAAUCUGUUGCUUAAAUGAAAAGUCAUGCUGUCUGGCCAGUCCUUUGACAUUACAAACACUGAGAGCUGCUUUACAUUUGCUCCAUGUGGUUGAAAAAAAGGGUUCGGGUGCAUGAUCGUAGUAGGUUUGUUUUCCUAUGCGCUCAUUUGAGGAGAUAUAUUCUAGAUAAUAAAGAGGUGACAACAUGCCACGCCUCAUAUAAUAUGUAAUCCCUUACUUUGUACAGUUUUAAAAGUAAUUCUAGUGUUAAGUGCCACAUUAAGUGACAAACAUUUCUAAAGUGAUAACUUUGUUAUAUAUAUAUA